AAUAUUGGCCCAAACCCUUUAAGCCAUUAUUCCAAAGAGAACUUUCCGGUUGGGUUAAGCGGUUUGAGAGUUAGGGUUAAGCGGCGGCGCAUUCGACAGCAACUCAAAUACCUCACGCCGGCGACAAACACCUAACCUUCGAACUCAUCUCCGGUGCAUUUUUACAUACCGAACAAUGGCAGGAGGAAAGAUAAAGAAGGAAAAGGGAAAGCCACAACAACACACACCAUAUCAAAGUGGAAUAACUUUUCACAAAUCCAAAGGUCAACAUAUACUUAAGAAUCCUUUGCUUGUUGAUUCUAUAGUGCAGAAAUCAGGUAUUAAAAGUACUGAUAUUGUACUUGAAAUUGGUCCUGGUACUGGUAAUUUGACCAAGAAGCUUUUGGAUGCUGGUAAGAAGGUUAUUGCUGUUGAAGUUGAUCCUCGUAUGAUUCUUGAGCUUCAUAAACGGUUUCAAGGAGUUCCCUCUAGCCGCCUCACGAUUAUCCAAGGUGAUGUGCUGAAAACUGAACUUCCAUAUUUUGACAUAUGCGUGGCGAAUAUUCCCUAUCAAAUAUCUUCUCCUCUCACAUUCAAGUUACUAAACCAUCAGCCUGCAUUUCGUUGUGCAAUCAUAAUGUUCCAGAGAGAAUUCGCCAUGAGAUUGGUUGCUCAGCCAGGUGACAAACUCUAUUGUCGUCUUACGGUGAACACUCAACUCCAUUCUCGAAUCUCCCAUCUCCUAAAAGUUGGAAAAAACAAUUUUAGGCCUCCACCAAAGGUUGAUUCCUCUGUGGUACGGAUUGAGCCUAGAAAGCCUCGCAUCGAAGUUAACCAAAAGGAAUGGGAUGGAUUUUUAAGGAUUUGUUUUAACCGAAAGAACAAAACGCUUGGCGCAAUAUUCAGGCAAAAGAAUGUGAUAUCUUUGCUUGAAAAGAAUUACAAGACUGUGCAGGCACUGAAAAUUUCGCAAGAAGGUUCACUGAAGGAAACAGACACCAAAGUAGACUUCUCCGAUUUCACAAAUUUUGGCGACGAUCAAGGUAUGGAGAUGGAUGAUGACGGAGUAGAUGAUGAUGAUGAAAUGGAUGUUGAAGAUGGGGGUGCAGAUGAGGUGCAAUCUGAAUUCAAAGAUAAGGUUUUAGGUGUUCUGAAAGAGGGAGAUUUUGAAGAGAAGAGAUCGUCGAAACUCUCCUUGCAAGAGUUCCUGUACUUGCUUUCUCUAUUUAACAAAGCUGGCAUUCAUUUUUCCUGAUUUUAUUUAUCAUUUUUCAAAUAUAUAUUUCUUCACUGUUUCAGUUGAUUCUAGCAUUUCUACAAAGUUAGUAUUUUAUUUAUCUAAAGAGAGCAGUAUCAGAUAAAAUGUUUUUGCUACUUCUGCAUUGUAUUUUGUGAGCUCCUUCAUAAGUGUAUACCAAUCGAUAUAAUCUAUGUUGCAGACACAGAUUGAAUAUUAUUCUUGUAUUGUUUUAUGAGGAGGAUCUAUGUUUUGUUUAAAUGGGUGAGAUUAUGUUUCA